GGCCAUGAUUCGAUUUUUUUGGUGGGUUGUUGAGGGAGAGACAAGGGGAAGGCAUUCACAUCCAAGAAAAAAAUGAAGCUGGCCCUGUUGCUCUGUUUCAUCCUGUUGCUUUCUGUUGGGGCUGCAGAAUCUGAUCCACAUGGACCUGUUGAGAAUAUCUGUGAGUGGUAUGGAAGGCAUUGCACCCUGGAAUGGGAUCCAGUAUGUGGCAGUGAUGGACGUACAUACUCCAAUGAAUGUUUUCUCUGCCAGGAAAAUAGAUUUAAUCCGAACAAAGUGAAAGUGGCAUACAAGGGUGAGUGUAGUAUAAUACAUUGCCCUGCAGUUAUUGAUCCAGUAUGUGGCACUGAUGGACGUACAUAUGACAAUGAGUGUGCUAUCACCGCCAAAAAUGGACCGAAUCACAAUGUAGAGGUGGCAUACAAGGGUGAGUGCUUUACCUGUGACAGCGUUGGAAUAGUAUGCCCUGAAAUAUAUGAUCCAGUAUGUGGCAGCGAUAAACGUACAUACAGCAGUGCAUGUCAUCUCUGCUUGGAAAAUGGAGGGAAUCAGAACAAAGUGACGGUGGCAUACAAGGGUGAGUGCAUUAGAUUAAUUUGCCCCUUGUAUUAUGAUCCAGUAUGUGGCACUGAUGGACGUACAUACCCCAAUGACUGUGGUUUCGACCAGCAAAAUGGAGCGAAUAACAAAGUAAAGGUGGCAUACAGGGGUGAGUGCAUUACCUGUGACGGGGAAAGAUUAGUAUGCCCAGAGAUAUAUGAUCCAGUAUGUGGCAGUGAUGGACGAACAUACAGCAGUGCAUGUCAUUUCUGCAUGGAAAAUGCUGGGAAUCCGAAUAAGGUGAAAGUGGUACACAAGGGUGAGUGCUACGUGGCUGAUCCCUGUGAUACCUAUGGAAGAGUUUGUCCCACGAAAUGGGAUCCAGUAUGUGGCAGUGAUGGAUAUUCAUACAUCAAUGAGUGCCAUCUCUGCCAGGAAAAUAGAUUGAAUCAGAAGAAAGUGGAGGUGGCACACAAGGGUUGGUGUUGAAUGUGGCGUCUUCCCUAAAGUCUGUCAAUUAACGUAAACACUUUGUGUGUUCUGUAUAUCCUCACAAAGUGGCUGACAAUCACAUGCUAGAAUAGAUCAUAAUAAAAAUAAUGUGCCAAAUAAUGAAUCGACAAUUUUGCGUGAUACCUCACUGU